AUACUGUCAAGUUCAUAUACUUGUGUUUUAUCUAGUAAAUUUUUUUUUAAUAUAAUACAUAUAGGUUUUAAUAUAACAAAAAACGGCAGUACACUGACUGGAAAACUAUCAAAACAAAACCACAAACUGACGGACAAAAACACAGGCCGGAACACAAGACACAAGGAAGCACACAAAAGGAAGUAGGAAAAACCGACAGAAAACACGACAUCAACUAAACACAGACACUUGACACAACACUAGGCAACACAAGGGACAACAGAGAACACCGGAAUAAACCAAAACACACAAAACACUGAACAGAGUACAUCAACACAACAGGGAACAGAAAGUUACAGAAAGUGCAGACACAAAACACUGAAACCAUAACAAAAGUUGAAUCUAAUCUAAAAUCACACACACAUACGCUCUUAGACAAACUCACCUUAUUUCCUGUAGAGGGGGAGGAGCAGAUCAGCUCAUGAAGAAUAAGAAGAGUUGCAUCAGUUGAGACUCCAUUUCGUGUGAAGAGAAGACAGCAGGAGGAGGAAACUGAAGGCCUAAGCAGGACUGACUUCAGAUCAGAAGAUGAGUGAUUUGGAGGAAGAGGAGGACGGAGCAGAGUCUGUAGUAUCUGGCUGUCAGACUGUGAAGAGUGACCGGUCCAAACAUCAACCUCUGACUUUCAGUGAAGAACCUGGACCCUCAGACACAAAAGAGAAGAGGAGUGAUGUUUCUGAGGUGGAGCUGUCCAGAACCAGAACCAGAACCAGAGCUGUACAGCAGACAGCCAGUCAGAGCAGCUCUGAAAAAAUGAUCAAUAUUCUCCAUGAAUAUAAACAUAAGAUCAGAAUGAAGGAGACAUAUGAACGUGUGACUGGAGGAGCUGAUCAAACAGGAAGUGGAACCCCCAUCAACAGGAUGUUCACUGAGCUCUACAUCACAGAUGAACUGAGUGAAGAAGUUAUCAGAGGCGUUCUGAUGAUCGGCGUUGCUGGCGUUGGAAAAACCUUCUCAGUGCAGAAGUUCUGUCUGGUAGCUACGGCGUCAAUUAACACAUUAAUGGAACCUGUGCUCCAGGUCAGCCACACAGGAGAGGAAAUCCCCCUGGAGAUCACUAAGGAUGGAGAGCAACGGAGACUUAAAGAUGACAGCAAGAAAGUGGUCCCAACCCUCGAUAGGAACGGAGAUGUAAUAAUUAGAAAUGAACCCGGCAGUAAAGGAAAGGAAAUCGUUACAGCUGAAAGAAACUGUCUAGGUCCCACAAAAAAAAAAAGUACAAAAAACAAUAACUGCCUUACUGAGUAUUAUUUAACUAAAAAGGUAAAAGAGGGAGAAAAGAUAAAGGCAGUGAUGAUAACAGAUCCAAAAGAAAAAGAAGAUAUUCUUUCCAAGUGUUAUGAUGUUCAAUCAAAAAAUAUCAUAAGUGUAAUCUGGCACUAUAGAAAUUACAGAAAAAAUGAGGUCACAUACCUGAGGGUCAGUGACUGGAUAUUAAAGAUUAAGCCUGAUCUGUAUGUUUAUCUAGUUGGUAAAUGGCUUGACAACACUAAAGGAGAAACUGAAGAAAAUGUUAAGCCAUGUAUUGAAGCUCAGAUAGGAAAAGAAAGUUACAAAGACAUACGGGGAGGAAUUAAAAAGGAAUUGGGCAAUAGUGACCCAAAAAAAAAAUUUGCUCAAUAUGCGGAAGAUUUUCUUUAUGUAGACGAAGAAUAUUCUCGGUACACAAAUUACCUGCCGCUCCCCGCUGAGGCCUGGCUAACCACAUAUUUUACUGCAUCAGUUAUAUCUGAAUCUGCUAGAAACUUCCGGACAUUUCCUCUGAUUCUCAUGGCCCUGGAUAUGGUCCAAAGAGAUGACAUUAUAAAAGAGAAAGGACUGAACUUUCUUUGGGAAGAACAUUCAAUGGAGAGAGGAGGUUCUUGGAUUGACACAAGCAAGCAGGGAUUUAGUGGCUCAGCCGACUAUGAAGAGAGCAAUUUAGUUACCCAGAAGCCUUCGGCUAGUUCCAAAGUCAAUAAUAAGCCUAAAGAUAAAAAGAAACAGCUUGAAGAGCUCCUAGAAAUAGAAAUAAAACUGUACCAAUCGUACAGUGACUUUAUGAAUCAAAGAGGAGAAAAAAUAGAUAUAUUCAAUAUCGCAGAAAAAUACGGAAUGAUUCAACAUAAUUCUGUUGUUGAUUACAACAAUUUAAAAAAUACAGUAAACAGCAAUUCUCAAGCGUCCGGCUCACGUCCAAACACUUUAUGGGUAGCACUUUAUAAUAACUACACACAAUUUGGUAGUUUCUUUCAGUGGUAACGAUUUCCUUUCCUUGGUAACGAUUUCCAUUAGUUACCUAUUAGUUAAUGGUUUGUUCAUCAUUAUUAAAAAUAUGUUUGUGAGUAAUGUAUACUUAAUAAAUAAUGAAACAACUGUUUAUAAAUGAAAUAACUUUCCCAUUAUAAACCAACUAUUACCGAAUGCUUUAUCAGUUGUAAAGCAUUGCUCCUGUUAAUUCUCUAAAUAAAGCAUUGGUAUACACACUCA